AUAAUCGUGAAAUGAAUAAAUUCGAGAAUAUGGCAGAUGUCACGGGACGUUCAAAUUUCCUCCUCAAAAUGAAAACGAAAGAGACUGUCAACAAGAUCAGGUCUGGGAGUCCAAAGUUCCAAGAGGUGUUGAGACAGAGAUGUCGUGACAGAAUGAGACAGAAACGUCGUGAGAUUUUCAACACAAAAAGAACUGGUUUACCUCUUGGCGAUGCUGAGGGGAUCCAGGAUAGUUUGACAGAGAUUGUUCGCCAAGAGUUCAGUGAUUUGACGACAAUGAGCGUCGAUCAAGACCCCAGGGUUGCCAAUGUCUUCAGCGAACCCCUUAGUGAGGAAGAGAUAUUUCAACUUGAGGCAGAAAUUUUGGCUGACGAAGAGCAGUGGAUUUUGAAAGAAUACGAAAAAUUCCUCGAGGAUGACGAAAACUUAUUGAAUAUAUACGUGGAGGAGAGUCUCAAGGACAUUGUUGUCUGUCCAAUGUGUGAGAAAUCAGGACUGAACGAAACCCCUGGGGGGCUGAUCUGUCCAGCUUGCAACAUGUGCCUUCCACCGAAGUGCAGCCUGUCCCAACUAGCUAGUGUCAUUCAGGGCCAGCUUGAUGCCCACUCCGCAGUCUGUUUCGGUCGGACUUCGUUCAUGACUCUUCCAGAGAACCAUACUCUCUCGCUGUACCUUACCUGUGAGGUCUGCCAGUGCUUCUCUCUCAUUUUAUAACAAUAAAAAACGACUAAUGAUGAAUUUUGUAUACUUUGGUUAUUUUUAAAAAUCAUGACAAACAUUUCUGUUGAUCAGUUGUAUGAAAAAAGUAUUCGGAAUGGUGUCUCUUAAUGUGGAGUGACACCACUAUGUGAUUUAUAGACAAAGAGUGAGUGUUCAACCUUUUAGUUUAGAUUAGAUUAAGUUUAUUAACAUGUACCACUCGACUUUGCAAAUUUCAAUAAAUGAUUUCUAUUUCUUUA